GAAACUCGUCAGCAAACCUAGUUUCGAGAUGUUCACCAUCUUUAAUUCACAUCUUGUCGGAGUGAAAAACAAGAAAGUAAAAUUGUUACUAAAUAAACCCAUUUAUAUUGGUAUGACAAUAUUAGACCUCUCCAAAUUAUUCAUGUAUCAGUUCCAUUACGGAUUCAUUAAGAAACAAUACCGAGAGAAUGCCAAAUUGCUGAUGACUGAUACCGAUUCACUGUUUUACAGGUUCGAAGUCGAUGAUCUGUACAAAGAAAUAAACCAACACAUUGACGCUUUCGAUACUUCAAGAGAGCACUUCUUAUUCAAUGAGAAAAACAAAAAGGUGGUUGGAAAAAUGAAAAAUGAAACUGGGGGAGUUCCUAUCAUAGGAUUUGUGGGUUUAAGACCAAAGAUGUAUUCAUUUACUAUCAACGAUGGUAAAGAAAGCGAAGUGAAAAAGGCCAAAGGGAUCUCUAAAUCCGUGGUCUCCAGAAACCUUGUUUAUCAGAAUUAUGUGGACUGUCUAUACAAGCGCGAACUGGAAAGACAUACUAUGAACUCUAUACGAAGUGAAAACCAUGACUUGUAUCUAAAAGCCAUCAAUAAAAUUUCUUUGUCUCCAUUUGAUGAUAAACGAUACUGGUUGGCACCAUAUGGUGUUGAAGGUUACUCCUAUGGACAUUAA